UACGUCAUCCACAUCUGGACGUUUUGGUUUCUUAAAUGUGAUAUCACUUUUUUUGGAAAUGGUUUUGUAGUAAGAAAUUUUGUACUUUUUUUCAACUAGGUCAUUAAUUUCAAUUAUAAAGCCGAUGUAAUAUUGCCAUUUCUUUUUCUGAUAGUAUCUUACUAGAACAUCAUCUCCUUUUUCAACUGCAUUAUUUCAAUAUUAUUUAAGCAGUUGGAUUUAUUUUCAUUUUCAGUCCGUUCUACAUUCUUUAUACCCUCAUGACUUUUUGGAUUCUUUUCUGCAUAUUCAUAUUCUUUUAAGCUCAUCCUCAUAUCAGUUGCUACUAUGUCAUCGGUUUUGGUAUUUUCAAUUUUUGUAUCUGUGUCAUUCUCUAAUCCAAUACGCAUAAUCUCAUUAAAUAUUUCAGCUUCCCUAUCAUUAUUUUUUUUCUUAACCACUUCAUCAUCAUUAUUAAUAAUUUCUUGUACUGAAUCCAUAUAAUUUAACUCUAAGCUGUGACUAUCCUCGUCGUUUAUUUGUUCGAGAUCUAUGACAUCAGGAUCUUCUAUCUGUUCAACGCUGAUGUCAUCUAAGUCACUGUCACUGUGUAUACUCAUUAAAAUUUCUUCAGUGGUUGUUGAACUAGUACUUUGUGAUUUCUUUGAUCUUUUACAGGGUGUAUUUCUUAUUUUGUUAAUGACAUUUUUAUCUGCAUUUGACUUCCAUUUCAGAUUUAGUGCAAUGUUUGUCUCUAUGGCUUCGUUAUCUGAGGAAUUUCCAAUAUUUUCUUUAGUCGGAAACAAUAUAAUUAUCGUAGGUGAGACAAGAUUGAAUAUUGUCUCGUUUAAGAUUUUUACGAUCUUUUGGCUUCAAUUUUAAAUUUUCCUUCAAGAUUGUAGACUUCGGUAUUUCUAUAAUGGCAUCGAUAACUGGCCUCAUGGAACAACGAUACGCCACUACCAAAGCCAUUUUAAAACAAAAAUUAAGUGAGAUAAAUAAUAUUGCUUUAACAAGUGAUAUAUUAACUCAUACUAACUCGACACGAAGUUUCAUCGUAGUGACAGCACAUUUUCUUAACACAGCUAAUAACUGCACUCCUGAGCAUGAGAUGGUGACAUUGACAGCACGAAGAAUGUAUCAGGCGCACACAGCUGGUUAUAUAAAAGAAUGCUUUGAAAAUAUUACCGACGAGUUAACAAUAGAAAAGGAUUGCAUCUUAUCAAUUACCACUGAUGGUGGUGCUAACAUGGUUGCUGCAGUGAAGAAAUUUUUGGAAGAUGGAAAAAGAAUUCCUUGCAUGGCGCAUUUGCUGAAUUUAAUAGUGGAUGGCGCAACAAGAGAUAAUGCACCAGUUCUUCAAAUUGCCAAUCGUGUCAAAGCCAUUGUUACAUAUUUUAAACAAUCUGUGAACGCAAUGGACGAUUUGCGAGCAGAACAAGAGGGACAAAAGAAAGAGGGAGAAGUGUUAACACUUAUACAAUCAGUAAGCACAAGGUGGAAUUCUUGUCUUGAUAUGUUGGAAAGAUUCAAUACAUUAUCAGCUAUUGUGGCUAAGAUUUUAGCAACUAGGCGGAAUGCACCUGAUAUGAUAACUUCUUCAGAGUUAAGUGUCAUACGAGAUCUGAUAAUAUUACAUACCCCAUUUAAGCAAGCUACUGAACAAAUUAGCGGCGAUCAGUACGUGACUUCUAGUUUGGCGAUUCCCAUUGCAAACUUACUUCAGAAAGGACUUGAAGAAGUAAAGCCUUUCACCGAAUUUGGUGUUGCUGUUCAGAAGAGUUUGCUAAACUUAGUUAUUGCCAAACUAGAACCACUAGAGCGACAUUUACAUCUUGCUAUAGCAACAAUUUUAGACCCUCGCUUUAAGCGUAUUCACUUUAAUUCAGCACUAGCUGUUUCCACUGCAAUAACCGCAUUGUCAAAAGAAAUACGUUUAGAACAUAGACGUAGAGGACAACUUUCGCCUGAACUCAGACCCACAACCACUACCAUAAUUCCAAAUUCAGAAAAUUCUUCGCCGUCGUUGUGGUCCGGACAUGAAAAAAUUAUGAUAGAUAUUGCUGCAGCAACCUCCAGUUUACUUUCAACCAGUGAUGGUAUGCCUAGCGAACUAAAGCAAUAUCUAGAUCAGAUCUAUAAUACCCAGAAAAGAGAAUCCUACAAAAUUCUGGUUUGAUUGUCGUCAUUUUACUCCAGUCCUUUCCGACAUAGUUCUAAAGUAUUUGAUAUCGCCUGCGUCCUCGGUUUCCUCAGAGAGAGUGGCAUCUGCUGUAAAUCUCGCAGUACCCAAUAACAGAAGUCGGCUUACAGCCGAGCAUGUAAAUCAAAGAGUUUUUCUUAUGUCUGUAUCAGAUAAAUAUUGGUUUGAUUAAUAAAUAAUUAAUAUUUUU